AUGGCCGCUGGCGUGAAGACUGAGGACGGCGACGCGCCCAAGAGAGCCAAGGCGUUCACCAUCAAGUACAAGCGGCCGCGCGGGCUGCGGGCGUGCGCGGUGUGCCGGUCCCGUAAGGUUCGUUGUGACGCCGAAAUGCACAUUCCGUGUACCAAUUGUAUCACUUUUGGCUGUGAGUGUGUCCUCCCUGAAGCCAAGCGCCGGGGCCACUCCAAGCGCAAGGAGGUCGAGCGCACGACCACCCCGGCGCCGGCGACGCCGCUGGUGCCGCUGCCGUCACACAAGUACAGCCUGCCCCUCUUGGACCAUCUGGCGGUGAACAACGACGCAAUCCUCAACAUCUCCCAGGUGCUGGUGCCGCCCCUGCUUCUGCUGGACUACCACCACGAAGUCACCCACGGCAAGCGCAAGCGCGAGGACGACGACGACGAAGAGCCCCAUUACAGCAGCAACAGCUACCGGGGCAAGACCGCCCUCACCUUCUUGGGCGCCACCAGUGUCGGGCUGGUGGCACGCCAGCCAGGCGAAAACCACGUUACUUUAACCGACGACGUCCUCUUAAAGUCGGUGGGCCUGGCGACUAAUUUGGACUCGGUCGAGCUCGAGAUCCUCAAAUUGCGUGGGGCAUUCCUCUUGCCGCUGCGGGAACUCGCUGCCGACUUGAUCAACCUGUACUUUGAACACGUCCAUCCGCUUAUGCCGGUGAUUAAUCGUACCGACUUUAUGCGGCGGUUUAACGACCCCGAUGACCUGCCACUGCUUAUGCUUAUGCAAGCGGUGCUUUUGCUUGGGUGCCGGGUGCUGAAGAACCCGGCGGUGUUGGACUCUAAGGGGCUGAACGACUUAGUGCUGCUUACGCUUUUCCGGCGGGCGAAGGCGUUAUACGAGACCAGUUACGAGUCGGACCCGGUGCUGAUUGUGCAGACGCUUAUUCUCAUUGGUCUGUACUGGGAAGGCCCCGAAGACGUCACCAAGAACUCAUACUACUGGACGAGAGUCGCCGUCGGCUUAGCUCAAGGGUUUGGCUUCCACCGCGAUGUGUCCAAUAACGACCGGUUGACCGCCUCGGAGAAGAAGAUCUGGCGACGCAUCUGGUGGUGCCUUUUUGAAAAAGACCGCAACGUUGCCAUCGCUUUUGGCCGACCACUGGUGAUCGACUUGAAUGAUUGUGAUGUUCCCAUGCUCACCCUUGAAGACUUUAACGAAGAUGAAGAUGACUACACGCUGCCGUACCCGGUGAAUGAGACGCAAGCACUUUACUUUAUCCACUUGGUGAAGCUUGCCGAGAUUACCGGGAUCAUCAUCAAACACCAAUACCUGGUGAAGCUGGCCCAACUUAAACGCAAAAAUAAGUUCAGCAUCAUCCAACAUUGCGAUAUGUUGAUGGGGAUUUGGUUCACCAACUUGCCGAAACAGCUUGUAUUCAAUUUGAAUGACCCGGAGUCGCAGCUGUUCUGGUGCUGUUUGCUCAACGCUCAAUACUACAACCGGUUGUUUUUGAUCCACCGGCUGAACCUUGUCCGCAUGGCGCAGAUGCUGCUGUCGAACCCGAAUAACUACAAGUAUCCUCUGUGGGGGAUUCUGUUCCAGGCGGCGCGGAUGAUUCUGAUCGUGCUGAAAAUCUUGCUUGACCUGGACCAGAUCCGGUACGUGCCGGUGAUGUAUAUAUAUAUUGCGUUUUCGGCGUUGAUGAUGCUCAUCUACCACGUCGACCUGACCAACCAAGUGAUCGCGCUGACGGCGCUGGACCUGCUUUACGUUCUGCGAGCAGUGCUCCGUGAGUUGGCCAAGUACUGGCCGAUCGCCCGGGUGCUUAUGAACUUGUUCGACAAGUAUGCGGAUGAUAAAUUUAAGCGGAAGAAGCUUAUUGACCACAACGUGAGCGCCGAGAUCCUGGCUGAACGUAAAGGUGGCAAUUACGAGGAAGAAGACAAUGGGCCCCAACUUGGCCCUCAACUGGUGCUGCCGACGCUGAUGACUCCUGAUCCUGCCCACCAAAACCCGUACCGCACACUGGUGUACGACGAGCCCAAGCCCGAUGAAGACUUUGCCUCGUUGGUACAACAAAUCAAACCACAAGUGGGCGGGCUGGAACUGGAUCCCAGCGGCCCGCAACGCAAGCUGCCGACGCUGCUGACGCACCUGUUCCCCGACAUUUCGUUGGUGACAGAGACGGUGCCGAGCAACCCCAACUUCUUCGAGAAUUUCGAGCCCACACAAUUGUUCCCCGAUAUUCGGGUGCUGAUGCCGCUGACUGCCGACCAUCUGCCAGCGGCUAUGGAAGACCAAGGCGAUGCCAACGUCAUUGGCAGCAAUGUGUACCUUGGUGGAACUGGCGGUGAGGCGAUCCAGUCGCAAACCCCCGCAGGGCUGUCUAUGCCGAACUUUGUUGACCAACAGUUCCUCAACAUGAACCUCCAGCUGGGGAUGGGCGAAGCCAGUGGUCUCGACGAGAUGAGCAACUUGUUCAACUUCCAGUACUGA